AUGGCGACAAUCCGAUCGAUGAAUUGGCUCGCGUCGCUUUUGACACUGUUGUCGCUUCGAUGCGCUUGGGAUGGGCUUGUCGAGGCGCAGAGUCAGGACGACUCGGAUCAGAGUUUCACUAUCAUAAACGGCCAGAUCUUCACGCCCGGGUUGGCUAUUGUUGAUGCGCCGCAGCCGGGGACGCCAGAGGGUGGUGAUUCUCUCCAGGUUGCAAUCGACGUGUCGGGAUCAGGUCGUUUGACGUUUCCGUACCCGCGAAACUUCGAUUCGGGGAUCCACAACAUCACGAUCUUCCUGUUCAGUUACGAUACCGGGUUGAACCUGACAAUCUCAAACGGCACGAGUGUGGGCUGGAACAAUGCCAGCACGGUCGAGCCGGAGGAGUUUGACUGUGGACGAGUGACGAAACGAGGCUGGGCGAAUGCGGGAUGCGAGCCCAUCAUGAGCCAGGAACCGAGCAGUACCGUGAAGCACGUCAAUUGGGCGUGGCCGGAUUGUUUGGUCGGGAAUGGAGAUGGAGGCGCGUUCAGAGGAGUUUACAACAUUUCGAUUCAUGAGUCAUUUCGUGCAAACGACACUGACUUUUACACAAUCUUCAACUUACCCAUCGAUGUUAAGAACAGUAUAUCGGCAGAAUCCCAACUGAGUGGGAGUGGUGGCCGGCCCAUGUGUAGUCUGAGAGGGAAUGUCAUUCAGGGCCAAGGACUACAGGAUGUGAGUAUCAGUCCGCCGGCGAACCAGCCUUUCCUGGGAGGCACCGUAAGUAGCGGAAGCGGGAGUGGUGCUGGAACCGGUAGCAAUGAUGGCAAGGACAAUGGAGCACAGGAUAGGAGAGUGGGAAGUCUCUGGCUGCUGGCCGUGGUCGGACUUGGAACUUGGAUGUUCGUCUAA